AUGGAAAUUCAAUUCCAACAGCACCCUGAUUCAUACCAGUUUCUGAGCAUCCCUGCAGGCCGAAAAGUGACCAAACUCAGAGGAGGCAGAAACAAGAAAACCAGCAGCAGCAAGAAGAACUGCAAUUAUGUUGGGGUGAGACAGAGGGCAUCAGGGAAAUGGGUAGCUGAGAUCAAAGACACAACUCACAAGAUCAGGAUGUGGCUUGGCACCUUUGAAACCCCCCAAGACGCCGCUCGUGCCUACGACGAGGCUGCUUGCUUGUUGCGCGGCUCCAACACCCGCACCAACUUUGUUACUUCUCCUAAUUUCGUUUCUCAUGAUUCUCCCCUGGCUUCAAGGAUCAAGAACCUCCUCCUCCGCAAGCGAAACACUGCAGCCCCCAUUAGGCCGCCCACCCCAACUACUACUACUAAUACUACUCCUCCUCACACCAGCAGCAGCAACAGCAGCAGUCAGAAUGGAAGUUGCAUUCUUACUCACAAUUACAACAAUACAAGUAGCAGCAACAGUGGAUCAUCAUCAGCUGUUUUUGUUGAUCAGAAAGGGCAACACCUUCACUUGUUUGGUGAUGAAUACAACUCCGAUUUGGGAAACUCCUCCAUUAGCACUACUACUACUAGUAGUACUAAUGAAAACUACUACUACAGUAUCAUCAGUUCAAUUGGUGCCAAUGAUACCGCAUUCAGUCCCGAUUUUGUUGAUCAGAAAGCGCACCAAUAUUCGCGCUUGUUUGAGGGUUCUGGUUACAACAAGCCUGACUUGAUCAGCAACUGCUCUACUGGUAGUACUAGCACUACUAUUGAACAAGAAGAAGAAGAAGAAUUGGAGAGCAGCAGCGGAGGAGGCGGAGUCGAAGAUUGGCGCCGCAUUUUUUACAGUGCUUACAAGCCUGAUUUGAGCAACUGCAUUCGCACUACUAAUGAAGGAGCAGGAUUGGAGUCAAGCAGUGAUCAGAGAGGUCAACAAGACUCGCGCUUUUUCGACAAUUUCCCUGAUUUGGGUCACGGCAUUGGUGAGUGUCAAUCAAGCCUGUUGUCUUCCUGGGGAACUCAGCUUCAUCAAGUAUUACUACAACAACAGCAACAGGGAGGUGGUUUGGGUCAUCAGAAUAGGCCGGUGGGUGAUCAGCAGGAGAUGGAAAUCUCAGUGUUUGAAAGAAUGAAGGUUGAGAGGCAGAUAUCAGCGUCACUGUAUGCAAUGAAUGGAGUGCAAGAGUACAUGGAAACUCUUGUCUUUGAUCCCACCUUGGAACCCCUGUGGGAUCUUCCUCCUUUGUGUUCUUUGUUCUGCUGA